ACCGUGACGCGGUUGUUCAAGAGCUUCAAGACUUUCUCCAUGGUCAGCGUUUAGCUCCAGAAACCAUUCAUCACCGUGAGAACAAUCGGGUACCAGAUGACCUUUCUGCAGAGUCUGCGCGUCUCCGGACUGAGAAGACCCUAAGAGAAAACGCUGCUCGUCCGCUCUUUACUGGAAUUGCGGUAUGUAGAGAUAUGUAUUCAGCACACGUCCUCAUCUUGUCUCUGAAAGCAACCCGAAGCCGAAAUUUUGCCUCAUGUAUACUCAUCUUCGUCCACCAGUCAAGGCAAUGUGUUGUCAUAUCUGGGAAGCAAAUAUAUGCUACCUAUGGAUACCACACGGCAAGACUACGAGGAAUACCUCGAGGUUGUGAUCCCUCCUUCCAAGCCUAUUCCCCCUCGGAGCACGGAGCGUUUAAUACCCGUCUCAGAAUUGGAUCCAAUAGCACGAGGGUCUUUUCCAGUACGCCGAUCAAUUUGCGGUAAAACUGACGUAGCCAUGAUGUCCAUUUUGCGCGUCUUGGAUCAGCACAGGUCCAAGAAUGAUGACGCAAAUAUUCAUGCAACAAUAGAUCGUGAUUCAUUCAAGAUCAUAUAUGUGCAAGCUUCAGAGAUUGUCCGAAAAUUCAGCAAACGGCUUCAAUGGCUAUCUAUUCAAGUCAGGGAGUUGACUGGUAUGUCUACCCAAAUCAUCGUCACCACACCGGAGAAAUGGGAUGUCGUUACCCGCAAACCGACAGGGGAAGGAGAACUCGCAUCACUGCUUAAAUUACUGAUAAUCGACGAGGUUCAUCUAUUGAAUGAGGAACGUGGCGCAGUCAUCGAAACAAUCGUUGCCCGUACUCUACGACAAGUAGAAUCGAGUCUUAGUGCUACUCUGCCCAAUUACAUCGACGUCGCAGAUUUCCUCAGGGUCUCACGCUACAAAGGACUUUUCUAUUUCGACUCGUCGUUUCGCCCAGUCCCUCUCGAACAGCAUUUUCUCGGCAUCAAAGGCAAACCAGGAAGUCCUCAAUCGCGCAAAAAUCUCGACCAUGUUACUUUUCAGAAAGUAUCUGAUUUGGUGGCGCAGGGCCAUCAAGUUAUGGUUUUUGUGCACUCCCGAAAAGAUACUGUUAAGACCGCUGUGUCGAUCAAGGAAAUGGCUAUUCUCGAAGGAAAUGUGGAUGAUUUCAACUGCCAGUCGAGGAAUAAAGAAAUGAAGCAACUUUUUGAUUGUGGCUUCGGUAUACAUCACGCUGGGAUGCUACGGUCGGACAGAAAUAUGAUGGAACGGAUGUUCGAUGCAAGGGCCAUCAAGGUCCUAUGUUGUACCGCUACGCUUGCUUGGGGUGUCAAUCUGCCUGCGCACGCCGUCAUCAUUAAAGGAACGCAGGUCUAUGAUAGCUCCAAAGGUGCUUUCGUGGACCUUUCCGUGCUAGAUGUAUUACAGGUCUUCGGCCGUGCGGGACGUCCUGGGUUGGAAACUAGUGGUGAAGGUUACAUAUGCACAACUGAGGACAGGCUCACGCAUUAUUUGGAGGCAGUAACUUCCCAGAAUCCCAUCGAAUCGCAGUUCCGGCAUGGCAUAAUCGACGCUUUGAAUGCUGAGGUGUCCCUGGGUACUGUCGCCAACGCACAUGACGCGGUACAAUGGCUAGGCUACACAUAUCUCUUCGUCAGGAUGCGGAAGAACCCUUAUGGUUACGGGAUACUUCGGGAGUCUGCAUCCGACGACCCAAAUCUUGGCAACAAGCGUAACGAAUUGGUCACCUUGGCGGCGAAACAACUUGCGGAAGCGCGCAUGAUGAUUUAUGACCAAGAGACCGGAGCCUUCACAAUAACCGAUCUCGGACGAAUCGCUGCUAAGUAUUAUAUUCGCCACGAGUCUAUCGAGAUUUUCAACAAGCAGUUUCGUCCAAAGAUGUCUGAGGCUGAUGUCUUGGCGAUGCUGAGCAUGAGUACUGAGUUUAAUCAAAUUCAAGUCAGGGAUGCUGAAGAGAAAGAGCUCCUAUUUCUUGAGGACAUUGUGCCCUGUGAGGUUAAGGGACGUACCGAAAAUAGCGCUGAGAAAGGUAUCGAAACGAGCCAGCAAAAGGUGAACAUCCUUCUCCAAGGAUACAUAUCCAGGCAACCUGUCGAAGAUUUUGCGCUCGUGUCAGACAUGGCAUACGUAGCCCAGAAUGGUGGCCGUAUCAUCCGUGCAUUACUCGAGAUUGCCAUCAGUCGGAAGUGGGCUACCGUCACGGCCGGAAAACUCAUUCAUAUGAAUGAGCACCACGGAAAAGCAGUUGUUGACUGCGGUCAAGCAAUUUCCGACGGUCAAACUCUCUACAACUUGCGACCUCUUGGAUCUGACAUCGCGAUGGAACUGCAUAUCCUACAACUAUCACAUCUCCUUUUCCGGCAAACAACUGAAACCCUGAACGUCGACUUCGUUAUCUCUAUACCAGAUGGUCAACCACCACCUUCCGUUACCAUCCGAUUUGUUUCUGACAGGUGGAUGGGGGCUGAGGACGAGGUCAAUGUAUCAUUGGAAACUUUAACUAUGCCGGUGGCAUCCAAUAGCCAUACCCCCAUUUUGAGUAUUCCCUUCUUGGCGCCUACUGUGCUGCGAAAUCCGGCUGUCGAAUCGAUUUUUGCCAAUCGUCUGAACAACUUCAACGCUAUCCAGAGCCAAGUAUUUUGGACCUUGCUCAACACGCAAUCUCACACGUUACUGUGCGCGCCGACUGGCAGCGGGAAGACGACAAUGCUAGUAGCUUUAGUGUGGUGCACGAUACUGCGACACCCUGACGCGUCUGUUCUGAUAGUCGUGCCAUCAAAAGGCUCCCUUGCCGAUAUUGCCUCCCAAAUCCGAAUAGGUUCCAGUAUUGCAAGUGUCAGCGUGGAAACCGCCAAGGACGAGAAUUUCCUGCUCCCCUCGAAGAAGCGUCGACGAGUGCUCUUGGCCUCGGCUUCUCUCUUGCUGCAAGCCUUAUCUCACAGAGACCCCAGCACACCGCUCGCAGGGCUUGACCUUGUUGUAUGCGAAGAUCUCGAACGUUUAGACGCCACCUACGAGCUAUCAAUUUCAUUAUUGCUACACGCCACGCAGACCUGUCCCACGCGGUUCGUUUGUGCCUCGAAUUCGCUGAACGACCCAGGUGACCUAGCUGCGUGGCUCAAUAUUGACCCCUUCGCGCUUCACAGUUUCCGGCCCCGUGAUCGCGGGCAGAGCCUCACCACUCACACACAGACGUUCAGCAUACCCCAGUCCGCGGCAUUAUUCAAGGCAAUGGCGAAACCCACUCAUGCUGCUAUCAUCAGAGCAGGAUCCGAAGAUAUCAAUAAGGGAACCCUCGUCUUUGUGCCGUCCCGCGCGCAAUGCCGCGUAACUGCGCGGGAUCUUAUUACUCAAUGCGCACUGGAGAUGGAGACGGAAGCGGGGUAUCUCCCCGCAGGGAUAUCACAAGAGUUCCUUGAUCAAUACCGCAUGCAAUUGCGAGAUGCUUCUCUCAUUGACUUUAUUCUCAAAGGGAUCGGGUUCUUCCACGAGGGAAUUCGGAAGGACGAUAGACGUCUGAUGAUGAGGUUGUAUACCGAAGGGGUGCUUCGGGUUCUAAUUGUGCCGCGAGAAUCUUGCUGGAGUGUUCCUGUAAGGGCUGGAGUGGUGGUGGUGCUAGGGACGCAAUAUUUCCAUGCCGAAGACGGGUUGAAGGACUAUGAUGUCACAGAGUUGGUGCAUAUGCAGGGCAGGGCCGUCCGGCAUUUGGGGAACGGAGAGUUCUAUUUGUUUUGCCAGGGUGAAGCAAAAGAUACGCUAAUGCGGUUCUUGAACGAAGGGUUGCCUUUGGAGUCGCGGCUUUUGGAAUCCGAUCAGCUGGCGGUGUGGUAUACGGAGCAAACGAACCGGGGCAGGCUGCAGAGCAAGCAGGACAUGGUGGAUGUGUUGUCAUUUACAUUCCUUGCACAGCGGAUCUCGACGAACCCGGCGUACUAUGAUUGCUCCUCGGAUUCGAGAGACGGAAAGUUGUCGCGUAUCGUAGACGGGCUCACCAAUCAAAACUAGCGAUAUUUUAGCGUGGCGUCAUCAUGUAGGCUGUGCGCCAGUGGAUCUUCGAAGUAUUUACAGCACAGCUAUUAAAAGCCGUCCUGUACUAAUGGCUAACCCAUAUGUAGACUGCAGCGGGCGAGGUAGAAAGGUUAGAACGCGGCGGAAAACAAAAUGUUGGGGAGCUGUCCUUCGCGGGAUCAUGCUUCACUUCAUACAAUUCUGGUCAGAGUUCUAACGUUACAACAUGAAGAUAAGCACACGUUGAAACAAGGUCGCGGCGUAUCUCCUGCGUGCAACAGUUGCUUCCAUAUUAAUGUUACGCUGUCGACUUGAUUCUUGUAUCCUCUGCCAUAGGGCAGAAAAAAUGGAACAGAAAUUGACCG